AUGAAAAAUCAAAUAACAAAAUUGGUAGCCAAUGGACUGUACAAAGAAGCCAUUAACUUGUAUUCCCAGCUCCACUCUUCUUCUUUUGUUCCCACCAAAUUCACCUUCCCCUGUCUCUUCAAUGCCUGCGCCAAACUAAAGGCUAUUCCACAAGGCCAAAUACUCCAUACUCAUUUGAUGAAAUACGGGUUCGGCACCGAUGUAUACGCAGCCACAUCUCUUACUGAUAUGUACAUGAAACUCACCUUAGUGGACAGGGCCUUAAAGGUGUUCGACGAAAUUCCUCAACCAAAUAUUGCUUCAGUAAACGCUAUCAUUUCUGGGUUUUCCCAAAACGGGUAUCAUUUUGAAGCUUUUCGGCUGUUUGGGAGGUUAUUUAGUAGUUUACAGUUUAAGCCGGAUUCUGUUACUAUAGCUAGUAUUUUAUCAGGGUGUGUGAAUAGUAAUCAUGGCGUUCAAAUGCAUUGCUGGGCUAUAAAGAUUGGUGUGGAAAUGGACAUAUAUGCAGCUACUUCGCUUUUGACUAUGUAUUUGAAUUGUGCUGAUUGUGUUUCUGCUACGAGGUUGUUUGAAUUGGUUCAAAAUAAGAAUGUGGUGUGCUACAACGCUUUUAUUUCUGGGCUGUUGCAAAAUGGGGUGGAUGAAGUGGUCCUGAGUGUGUUUAAGGAGAUGAAAAAGUCACUAGACGAAGAACCGAAUGCAGUGACUUUAAUAUCUGUUCUUUCUGCUACUGCUAAUCUUAAGAAUGUGAAGUUUGGUAGGCAAGUCCAUGCGUUUAUUGUGAAAGUCGAGUUGCAAUCUCAUACAAUGGUUGGAACUGCACUUGUAGACAUGUAUUCGAAAUGCGGUUUUGGGUUAUGUGCAUAUGAAAUGUUCAAAGAGAUGGGUCGCAACCGGAACUUGAUAACGUGGAAUUCGAUGAUUACAGGAAUGAUGUUGAAUGAGCAAACAGAGAAAGCUGUUGAGCUUUUCGUUGAAUUAGAAUCGGAAGAAUUGAAACCAGAUUCAGCUACAUGGAAUUCAAUGAUCAUUGGGUUUUCUCUGCUGCAAAAAGAGGCUGAAGCUUUUAUGUUCUUCAGAAAAAUGCUUUCUGCCGGUGUCGUUCCCAGUAUGAAAUCUAUUACUAGUCUUCUGACGGCAUGCUCGUCUCUAUCCUCACUCCGUUGUGGCCAGGAGAUUCACGGAUAUAUUCUUAGGGCAGGAAACGUCAUUGAUGAAUUUGUUGUCACCGCAAUCAUUGAUAUGUACAUGAAAUGUGGGCAAUUUUCUUUGGCACGGAAGGUUUUUGAUAAGUUGGACGUAAAGUAUGAUGAUCCAGCUGUGUGGAAUGUGAUGAUUUCAGGAUAUGGAAGGAAUGGAGAAGGUGAAGCUGCUUUUGAAAUGUUCUCUCUGAUGCUAAAGGAGAAAGCACAACCAAAUUCAGCUACUCUGAAUUGUAUUUUGUCUGUGUGCAGCCACGUUGGUAAACUAGAGAAAGCAUGGCAAGUUUUUAACUUGAUGAUCACAGAUUUUGGCUUAACCCCAACUCUAAAGCAACUUAAUAUUAUGGUUGAUCUACUUGCUCGAUCUGGUCAGCUGGAUGAAGCUGGAGAUCUAUUACAGCUCAUUCCCAAACCUUCAGCAUCUGUUUUUGCUUCUUUAUUAGCAGCUUCUGAGCACUACUCUAAUGCCAAGAUGGGAGAAGAAAUGACCAAAAAGCUCUCAGAAUUGGAGCCAGAAAACCCUGUUCCCUUUGUAAUUUUAUCCAACCUUUAUGCUAGACAAGGAAGAUGGGACGAUGCUGAACGAAUCAGAGAAACAAUCAAUGAAAGGGGACUCGAAAAAUUACCAGGCUACAGUGCUGUAGGAGUGACAUAA